GGUCGCCCUCUGAAUAAAACCCAGCAUGCCUGGUAAUGUUUGUCAAAGGGUGGUAAUAAUGUAUGUAAUACGGCUGUAAUAAGGUAUGACGCUCUAUAUUUACGUUAGUGUGGGCUACACAUGUCGUUUGAACUUCAGCACAGCUCUCGGCAGUGUUCUGUGUGGAUAGAAAUGUGAUUUGCUUAGUGGGAUUGCGCUUCGAGUUUGCUCCACCCAAAGAGGAUAUGGGCUGUUGGAGCAGGGACUGGGUUAUGUUGCCAAAAAAAAUAGCCGUUAACUGAAGUUGCUGAACUAUUGGAAAGCCACGCUGAGAAGUUCGGGGGUAAAGUCCUAUUUGAGUUUUAAUCACAUGGCAUUUUAAGAAUGCUUCAAAGAUGGCGGUAGCUACAGUAAUUUCGAGGAACGGAGUACAAAAAAGUGGAUUUUUGGAGGUUUUAGUGAGGGACCGAUGGCACAAUGUUUUGGCCAACUUGAACGAAGAAGCUCUAACGUUGAGUUGCGAGGACCUGGGAGAGAAUGUGACCCUAAACGGCAUCACCAAUGGAUCUUACGGGUGCAACGCAACUCACCCGGAUCACACAAACAGUCCGAAAACUGCGGUGAGGACAGCUUUCACGGAUUUACAGGAGCAAGUCCCAGAGGCGAUCGCAAACAGAAAAAGAUGUGUGAAAGUAGUAAAGCAGGAGGUAGGAGGACUCGGCAUCAGCAUAAAGGGAGGGAAAGAGAAUAAAAUGCCGAUACUUAUUAGUAAGAUCUUCAAAGGUCUGGCUGCGGAUCAAACCCAAGCCUUGUAUGUCGGUGACGCGAUUCUGUCGGUGAACGGUGUGAACCUGCGGGACGCUACGCAUGACGAGGCGGUGCAGGGGCUCAAACGAGCCGGGAGAGAGGUGACGCUCGAAGUGAAGUACAUGAGAGAAGCCAGUCCCUAUGUGAAGAAGGGUUCUCCUGUGUCAGAGAUAGGCUGGGAGACGCCCCCACCUGAGUCCCCGAGGCUGGGUAGCCCCCACUGUGAUGUCCCCGUCACCCCCACCAUGUCCCUACAGGGGGACAGGAGGCAGUUAGAGCUGCACUCUCCAGACGCCAAGCAUACGGUGGUGUUACGGUGUAAAGACACAGCCUCGGCCCAGGCCUGGUUCGAGGUCAUGCAGUCGGCGACCUCUAACCUCAUCAACAAGGUCAUCACGGAGGUCAAAGAGCACACGGGAAGAACAGGAAUCGCAGGGAGCAGAGAGAUCAGACACCUGGGCUGGCUGGCUGAGAAGACAGAGAAUGAGAAGCAGCAGUGGAAGCCAGUGCUGGUGAUGGUGACAGAGAAAGACCUGCUCCUCUAUCACAGCCUUCCACGCAUGAAGGCUUCCUGGCACAGCCCUGCACACACAUACCCACUGUUAGCUACACGGCUGGUGCACUCUGGUCCCGACCGAGGCUCUCCCCAGCCGGGCGUGGAGCUGUCCUUCGCCACACGUACGGGAACCAGACUGGGCAUCGAGGCCCACCUGUUCAGAGCUGAGACCUGUCAGGACCUUUCACUGUGGACCAGGCACAUCGUUACGGGCUGUCACUCCUCUGCCCAGAUGAUCAAAGAAGUCAGUACCAGCUGUGUGUUCAAGGGCCAGGAGUUACCCAUUCUAUUGUCCUGUUCCAGGCUGUGUGUUCAAGGGCCAGGAGUUACCCCAUUCUAUUGUCCUGUUCCAGGCUGUGUGUUCAAGGGCCAGGAGUUACCCCAUUCUAUUGUCCUGUUCCAGGCUGUGUGUUCAAGGGCCAGGGUUACCCCAUUCUAUUGUCUUGUUCCAGGCUGUGUGUUCAAGGGCCAGGAGUUACCCCAUUCUAUUGUCCUGUUCCAGGCUGUGUGUUCAAGGGCCAGGAGUUACCCCAUUCUAUUGUCCUGUUCCAGGCUGUGUGUACAAGGGCCAGGAGUUACCCCAUUCUAUUGUCCUGUUCCAGGCUGUGUGUACAAGGGCCAGGAGUGCAGGCUGGUAAUCCACUACGAGCAGGGCUUCUCUGUCCUGGCUGAGCAGAAGGGGGAGGACCAGGUGGACCAGGGGAACCAGAAACAAGCCAAACCUCUCCUCUGCUACCCCUUCGAACGCCUCAAGAUGUCCUCCGAUGACGGGGUCAGGAUGCUCUUCCUGGAUUUCAGUGGAAAAGAGGGUGAAAUUCAGCUGGACCUCCACUCGUGCCCAAAGCCUAUCGUCUUCAUCCUCCACUCAUUCCUCUCGGCAAAGAUCGCCAGACUCGGCCUGGUAGCAUAAAGGUUCUGUUUACCACCAACGGACCACAAGGACUGAACUGUUCCAGACUUCUAGAGUGGAGAGUCCCGGAGUUCCACAGUGGAGUGUACAGAACAGAGGACAAGGCUGAUAACUGAACUACGAGAACAAGGACUGUGAUGUGCAGUGAACUAGACACAGGAUCUACCCUGAUUCAAAGUCCACACAAACAGCUAAAAAUGAAUGGAUCAUGUUUCAAAAAACUUGAAUGAGUUGUUUUGUGUAUUUAUAGAAACACAUGCAUUACCGAUGACAUCAUAGUGAGAGAUUAGUUACAACAGAAGAAAUUGUUUUGUUCAAAUCGUCGUUAAGCUGUACAAGAACAAUAAUCUAUUGUUUUGGUACUAAAAACCUACUGGGAA